GUUCGCCAUUUGGCUCUAAAUCACCUAUUAGGUUAUACAGUCAAGUCUUCAACAUUUCAGCAUAUUUUCAAGCAGAACGACAAGAGACCCAUUAAGGAUUUGAAACUUCUCUGUGCGGACCAACCGGUAAUUGCGCAUGAAGCAUUCAAGGCUUUAGUGAAUUUAACCAGCGAAGAAGAGAUACGUGAAGAACUAGAUGAUGAAAAUUUUCUGCGACUCCUAAUAAGAAUAAUCACGGAUCGUAAUUCGAUUCUUGCAGACAUGGCCUGUAUGCUCAUAUCGAAUAUAACAAAAAAUGAACGAAUUUCGGCAAAAAUUUUGUCAAUAGAGUGUCAACCGGUUGAGGGAUUAUCAAACUCAAAAAGAUUCAUGGACCAUUUAGUCGACAUAUUUGUCAAGGGCUUGGAUAGAUCUUAUAAUAAAGAGGCCGAAUUUCAUUUCUUGGCUAGCGUAUUUGCAAAUGUGACUAUGUUGCCGCAAGGUCAGGAAUAUUUUCUUAGCAAUUCCUCACACGAUAACAUAACACCUUUAUCAAAGUUGAUUAUAUUCACCGAAUAUCCCAAUAUUAUCCGAAGAGGUGGCGUCGAUUCAUGUAUCAAAAAUUGCUGUUUCUCGACAAACCAUCAUCUCGAUUUAUUAUCUGAAUCUAAAAUAAAUUUACUUCCAUACAUCCUAUUACCCCUUUGUGGUCCUGAGGAAUUUGAUUUAGAUGACAUGGAAGGAAUGCCUGAGGACAUUCAACUCUUACCUUCUGACAAGAAGCGCGAGCCUGAUGUGCAUUUAAGGCAGAUACUCUUAGAAACCCUUGUACUCUUGACUACCACUCGGAAAGGGCGUGAGAUAUUGCGCGAGAGAAAAGUUUAUCCCGUUGUUCGUCAAAUGCACCUCGCCGAAAAAGACGAUAGAAUAUCAAAUGUGAUUGACCAAAUAGUUAAUAUGCUGAUGAGAGAUGACGCACCCGAAGAAUAUGAAGAUGCAGUUCUCGGCUAG